AUGCAUUCAUGGUCUGACACAGAAAAUUCCCAUGUGAUCAAGUUCUCUACCUGGCAAGCAAAGUUGUCAACAUCUGAGAAGAGCGACAUGGUAAUCCCCAAGUUUUGCCUCAAGAUCAAGCUGAACCUCCAGUUGCACCAGUCUUGA